AAACAUGUGUUAGCACUUUGUACUUGAUUAUCAAAAAUUGAGAAAAGGACAUACAGAUAAAGAAGAAUAUUUACAAUUAUUUUGUAUAUUCAUUAUAAUUUAUUCUACAAAAUAUAAUUUAAUAAUGGAAAAUCUAGAAUUAUACUAAGAAUUAUACUAAGAAAUAUACGACGUGUAAUGUAUUUCAUAGUUAUAUGUAAUUCUACGUGAACAAAUGUGACAAAUUAGGCAAGAAGCAUAUCAACAUAAUGGAUACUGCAAGUUAUAGAAGAGACGAUGAAGGGAUUUCACUUAACACCGUUGAAGAAAAGCAUGAGGUGAAAGGUCUGAACGUGUGGACAACGUGUGUGUUUGUAGUAGGUGUGAUAGCUGGGUCAGGAUUUCUCACCUUACCUAAAGCAAUUGAAGAUUCUGGGUUGAUAGGUUUUCUUCUUGUCGUCUUGUGUUGUUUCGUAUCCGCAUAUACAGGGGAUAUUUUAGGCAAAUGUUGGACUAUUGUCAGGGAUAGACAUCCAGAAUUUAGGAAUGGAAAGGUUCGAUAUCCGUACCCUGCUAUAGGAGAGGAAGCGUUCGGUAAAUGGGGCAGUGCCGUCAUAUCGUGCUCCAUUAACUUUACAAUGUUUGGCACAACCGUCGUGUACAUUCUGCUCGCUGCCGGUAAUAUUGUUGAGCUUCUUCCAGCAGACAGCAAGUGGACUUGUUGUUAUAUUUCACUUAUCAUAUGGGGUGUCAUGACACCGUUUACCUGGCUAGGUACACCGAAGGAUUUCUGGUAAUUAUCAAAAUAGUUAAAUA